AUGUAUUCCAUUUUUAUAAUAAAUUCAGGAAUCAUUGCCGGCAAAGUCUCAAAACCCCUGUACGUAUGGCCACUGGGAGACAAAUCUGGUUUGCUAGAGGUUCUUUCAAAUGGACCAAGUCUGGUGAGCAAUGGCAAUCAAUGUUUCAAAUUCGGUGAGAAUGUCAAGAGUAUUCCAUAUCAAGCUAUAGGGAUAGGAGAUCCUUCAAAUCCUCAUCUAUCGGUUGUGUUAGAUGAACCAAAUUCAUUCCGGGAUCUUGGAAUUUCUAUGUACGUCAAACCCGACGGUAAACCCAAAGGAACCCUUCUCCAAUACAAAUCGGAAUCGGCAGAGAAAAUAAGAAUUGUUUUCGACCCUUAUGAUGGUUUUGCAGUGAUUUCCUUCCGGGAUGAAUACGAUAUCCCAGCAGGCAUUGUUGUGGCUGAUAAUUUAGCACCAGCAGAUAGUUGGACUCACAUUUUUAUCCAGCGUUCGUAUAAAACAGGACGAAUUACUGUUUACGCCAAUGACCGGAAAGUAGUGGACGAAGAUGACGAAUUCCAAGACGAAAUUUCACUUCCAGCUUCUGGGCACCUCCGGAUUGGAAACACAGAACCACCAGACUCUGAUGGAGACCAGCAGUUUAAGGGUGUUGUGUCCUGUCUCCAGAUAUUUACAGAAAACGUGAAACCGGUUGAUGUCAAAUCUGUUUCUAAUUUCUGUCUUCCGGAUGAGUGGAAUCUGGGAUCGCAAGUAUAUUUUGGUCCUGAAGAGAAGGCGACAGGAACUCGGUGUAAAACAGAUCCACCUGAAUCCACAUCAACUAUACCGUCACCAAAUCAACCGCUGACGAUGACCCACCUUGUAAACGAGCGGAAGUGGGAACAGGUUCGAACACGAUUUCAUUGGAAAAACAGCAAGAAAGAUAACGUAUACUUCCGUUUGUACGAUCAUAAUAUAGCACCAGUUCCGGUAACUGCCAAUAUUAGCAAAGUUAACACUGCUGAUCUGAAAACGUGUGCCCGACUGUGUCUGCGCGUGUAUGGAUGUGUGUCAUUUGCUUUCACGUCAACAGGAAGUGAUAUCAGAAAAUGUUCACUUUUUGACAUAAUGCCAACAAAAUUUGAGACAAAACAAGGUGUUAAGUUUUUCACUGUCAGUACAUAACUUU